AUGAUGGAAGAGGUCUUAGAGCUCUUGGCGUCGGAAAAUACGAGCGUCGGUCUAGAGAAAAAUUCGGCGACCUGUAACGAGAACUACGAUGGACAAACUGUUGACGUGAUGCAGACUGAAAUUGCUGCAACUUGCAAAAAAGUGGUUCGAGAAUCGAAAGCUAAUGAGAUACACGGCCACUGCAAUGUCGAAAUUCCAAGCUCUCCCUUACAUCUAACAGGUACUGCAUCGCAGCGAUCUUCACCGACGCCCCAGCGAUUACUGCAUGGUGCUGUUCCUCAGUCGCUUGCUGCUAACCCUUGCUCUAUGGACUUUGCGUGUGCACCGGAAUCGUGUCAAAGUUUUCCACUGCCUAUUCAAGAGCCUAUCGUGGCGAGAAAGACUAUUGCUUCCGCCUUAAUCCCAAUAUCUCCUCCAGCUUCACUGCUUCAUUAUGGGCUGCAAGAUUUGCAGCUGCCGAUUGAAAACCCGCGGACAUCGGCCGCACUCCUAACCUCCGGCAGUAGCAUCUUGCUCACUGGUCAACGCGUUCACGUCAGCAGUUCUGCUGAGUUUGAAGAGCUUCGACGAAAGGUGCAGAUGCAGAUGGCGUCGCGUCGUUAUCAAGCAGCUCGGCACAGAAAGAUGCAUUUACAGAAACUUCAGGUAGAGCUUUCUCAUUUGCAGUACAUGGAAGCAGAGACAAAGCAGUACCAGGAACGUUCAGUUAAUUCAUUGCAGCAAGAGCUCAAGAUGCACCAAGACGUAGUGGCUGAUCUCUGCAGCAAACUUCAGGAUGCAGCAAGAGAAGAGCUCGACUGGAUAAACGUAGUUUGA